AUGCUGUCCAACAUCCUUCGCAGCACCACGCGCCAGCGCGCCCGGGUGGUCGUCCAGCGGCUGGGGUCCCAGGCACCCAAGCCGGGGAUGUCGCCCGUGGCCAUGCCACGGUCCUGCCAGACUUUGGCGAUCCCACGGCCCCGGCCGAUACUCUGCUGGAGGCGCUCCAUCUUUGGGGCCUCCUUGCUGAUCGCCUCCUGUGGGAUGCUUGCGCAAGCACCCACGGCCUUGUCCCUCGGCCGGGACGCCAAGGCAGCAAAGUGCGAGGAAAGUCCUGCGCCGAUCCCUGAGAAGGUCCAGAAGGAAACCGAGCCAAAGCCCAGCCCCCUUGGCACGAUCCUGAAG